AUGGCGGCUGAAUGGCAGACCCAGCUCCAUGAAGAUCUGUACAGAGCCAACUUCAAUCUGGCCAGCAUUCAUCUGCGCAAUAGGGAGCACUCCAAGGCCAUCCGCUGCUGGGAGGCGGCCCGAGAGUGCGCCCGGCGCAUGCGAGACAAGUACAUGGAGAGCGAAUGUUACUGCAGCAUUGGCCAGGCACAGCUGUCUCUGGGCGACCUCUCGGCAGGGAAGCGGUUACUGAAGAAAUCCUUCCUCCUGGGCAGCCAGCGUCAGUCUGAUCGUGACAGUGUGCGCCAGAGCCUUAAGCGCGCUAUUAAGGGGUGUCGUCUGGAAGAAGCGUUAUCUGAGCUGACGGAGGGAGACCAGCAGGGGGCGCUGUCUGUGUAUGAGCAGCUUGGGGACCUGUACUGCAAAGUGGGCUGCUAUACUAAAGCUGCGGAGCAUUACAGGAUGCAGCUCCGUUGCGCUGAGUCCCUGUGCCGCCCGGACCGGGAGAUCGCAGUCAUCCAUGUGUCCCUGGCUGCAACCUAUAGUGAUCUGAAAGACUACAAGCAGGCUGUGAGCCACUACCGUGCUGAGCUAGGCCUCAGGAAAGGGAAUCCCCAGGAGGAGUGUAAGACGUGGCUGAACAUGGCGCUGGCGAUGGAAGAGGACGGCCUGGGGUUUGGAGAAGUGCAGAGCUGUCUCUCCAGUGCCUUGAAGUGUGCCCAGGAGACCGAGGACUCCCGACUACAGGGAAAAGUGCUGCGCCAGCUCCUCGCUCUGCAGAGGAAGUGGGGCGCUGGCGGUAUUGGUGACACGGAAGCGGAGUUACGAGAGGUGUGCGGAGCCACUGAUGAUGAGAGCAGCGAGGAGGAGCUGGAGAACAGUGAGGCGUUGCUGGAGAGCGACCUGGAGCUGUCACAGAGCGAAGACGAGGAGGAUCUGGAAGGAUACGCAAAGUCUGUCCCAGGGAAGAGAAGAGUGAAUCAGUGGAACCGUCGUAAUGAGAAGGGGGAGACUGUCCUGCACAGGGCCUGUAUUGAGGGGAACGUGAAGCUGGUCCAGAGCCUGUUGGAUAAGGGGCACCCUCUGAAUCCGCGAGAUUACUGUGGAUGGACACCCCUUCAUGAGGCCUGCAACCAUGGUCACCUGGGUAUUGUGCAGCUGCUAUUAGGCUCCGGAGCCAACAUAAAUGACGCGGGGGGCCCGAUGUGUGAGGGGAUCACACCGCUCCACGACGCGCUCUCCAGUGGAAACUUUGACGUGGCCCAGCUGCUGAUAAAGCGGGGGGCAUCUGUUACCCAGAGGAACGCUAAGGGUGCGGCCCCCCUCGGCAGUCUGCAGGAGUGGAGUCAGAUGUACGGGAAGCAUCUGGACCAGGAAACCAGGAGAACCUGUAAAGAGACGGAGAAGCUGCUGCGCGAUGCUCUGGCCGGGAAAGUGGCUUCCGCCCUCCAGCCGACUGCAGACCUUCAGGACAGCGACCUGUUUGAUGCGGAGGGCUCCCAGCCGCCCGGUGCAGCCCCUUUACGUUCUUCCAGGAAGGAGCGAGAGAUAUCCCAACACCAGAAGGACAAGGUGGGGCCAAAGCGAUCUGCGUCGCUGCCCAGGAACCUGCGGGGGGCAAGUGAGGAGGAAGAGGAUCAUUUUGCUCUUCAUCAGUCUCCCCCCUUCCGGGCCAGCACCCAGAUCGGCAGAGAGGGAUCCGUUCAUGAUGAACUCCCGGAACAGCUUCUCACUCCUCUGAAACCGGUGAAGAAGAGGCCCCGGCUACGGGUUUCCCGUUCACCUUCGGAUUCUGCGGCUGCUGUAACGGAGGCGUCCGAUCCACACUCUGCCCUUGUGCCUCACACCAGACUUGGCGAGGGCGGCAUGGAAGCGUACCAGAAAGCAAUCCAUGGGUUGGGCAGUGCCAAAUCGCGUCUCCUCACUCAGUCAUUGGCGCAGCAGGAGAGCGUGUGUGACGACACGGUGCCCAGAGCGGCCCUGGUUCCCUCCGAGGAAUAUCUGGGCGAUGACUGGCUGGAGGACGACUUGAAGGAGGACUCGCGUCUAAGAAAACGGGGCCGCAUGUCCCCCACGGACUUUGAUUCUGAGGAGGUGGAAGAGAGCGAGGACGAGUUGUCUGAGGAACUGUGGAGAGAGAGGCCGGCUCCUCGCCCCGUGACGCUAUCCCGGAAACGCUCACGUCAGACCAAGCUGACACAGAUUGUAGACCGCGCCGUGGUGGGGCGUACAAAGAGUGGCGGGCAGAGCAAUGCGGGCGUCCCACGUGUAAUGGAGAGAGCGCUGAAUAAUACCAUAGACUGCGGACGGGCUCCUGUCUCUGCUUUACCUCAGACUCCGCCCAUGGCUAUAAACACCUCACUGCCUCCGCCAAUCAGAGUGCGGGUUCGAGUUCAGGAUAACAUCUUCCUUAUCCCAAUCCCCCACAGUGACACGGACACCAGAGACGUUUCCUGGCUGGCGGACCAGGCCUCUCAGCGCUAUUACCAGAGUUGUGGCCUGCUUCCUCGCCUUACCUUGAAGAAAGAAGGAGCCUUGUUGGCCCCUCAGGACCUAAUUCUCCAUGUUCUGCAGAGCAAUGAGGAGGUUCUGGCUGAGGUAACCUCAUGGGACCUGCCACCCCUGACUGAUCGGUACAGGAAGGCCUGCCAGAGCCUGGAUGUAGCGGAGAACCGGCUGGUGCUGAGGGCCCUGGAGCAGCAGGAGAUGAACCCAUGCAUGUCCUUGUGCCGCCUGGCCCUGAAACCACCAGAGCUCUGUCCACUAAUACGCGCCCUGAAGCUCCAGUCCUCGCUGCGCCAGCUGCAUCUGAGCGGCAACCUGCUCAGGGAUCUCCAGGUGGAAGAGCUUCUGUGGAUGCUGGGCACGAUGCCCAACCUAACACACCUCAACCUGUCCUGCAACCGGCUGACUCAUGAGGGCAUCAAGAAGCUGCUGCCAGCACCCGGCACGCCCAACAAUGAAGCCCUGCAGAACCUGGAGGAACUGGACCUGAGCAUGAACCCCCUGGGGGAUGGGUUGUCGCAGCCUCUGGCCUCGUUGCUCCACCACUGCCCUGUGCUGAGCGUUGUGCACCUGCAGGCCUGUCAGCUCUCCACCAAGUUCGUGCAGCAGCAUCGCCUCCUACUGGCCGAAGCCUUCAGAGGUGCCAUUCACUUGAAGACCUUGUCUCUUUCCCAUAAUCCUUUGGGCUCGACUGGGGUAGAGCUCCUACUGAAGACCCUUCCUCAUGAGACAAUCUCCCGAUUGGACCUUCGAUCAGUGAACGCGGGGGACAGUCUGAUCAUGGAGCCCCUGGUUAGAUACUUGUCUCAGGAUGGCUGCAUCUUAUCACACCUGGCGCUUUCCUCCAACAACUUAUCGGAUGAGUCUGUGCGAGAGCUGGCCAGGUGCCUCCCUGUCUGUUCCUCUUUGACCGCUCUUGAUCUGUCUGGGAAUCCCAAAGUGGGAACUAAUGGGCUGGAAUGUCUCCUGAAUGGGAUUUGGGAAAGAAACUGUGAAAUGGCGGAACUAAACCUCACAGGCUGCAGUAUCCAGGGCCCCCUGAAUAGCGCCUCCAUGGAUGUGGUCUCAUCCCUCCUGCGGGAGCUCCGGCUGGGCUCCCACAGCUUCUCCAAGAAGGACAGAGAGACCCUGACACAGGCCUGGCCGGCGGACUCGGUGGUUUUAUGUCGCCAGCACCGGCUGUUCCUGAAGAGACUGACGUGACGCUGUAUGUGACAUUUCCUUACUACCCACCUUCUCCCACUGCGGGCAGGUGACAGACUACCGACCAUCGUCAUGGCUGCUGCCCGUGGUCUGGAGACGAUGGUUCUGCCCUCCAGAGACCAUUCUGUAGACUGUUCCCUCUACCGCCUGAUAAAUAAUGACCACAGAAACCCCUGAUGCUGCGGAGCGUCCCCUGACUGUGGGGCAUAGUGCCGCCAUGUGUAAGGUUUCCCCCAUUCACACAUCAUCAUGGGCUUGUGUCACAUUCCCCCUCCCCUCCCAGCCUGGUCAUGUGCUGCUACUUCCUGUGACCGGUACGGAUGCGGCAGGGGAUGUGGGAGCGCUCCGCACUUUUAUUCUGGGGUGGAGCGGCACCGGUCUGGGUGUUCUGCAGUAAGACGCUGGCUGCAGACGCUUCUCACUUGGAUUGGUCGGUGAGGUGGUCAUCCAGAUAACGUCAGGACAGAGAAACCCCCUGGGUAACCAGCGAGAUGUGGUCCAGACCCUCAUACCCAGUGUCCUGUCCCCGGCGCGGAUGGGAGAAAUAGUAAUGUUCAUAAUUGGAGUGUUUUUAAUCUGUAUAUUACAAUCCCCGGGAUAAUGUACUUGUGUCUGAUGGUGGCACGUACAGCUGGUGUAUGAUGCGGGGGCAGGAAUAUAUUAUAUGGGGUAUUUAUUUGUUGUGCGUCUGUAAAUAAAGCGAUAUUCUCGUGCUCUGUAUCA